UAGGCAGGCACUUUACCACUUGAGCCACACCUCCAGCCCCAUUUAAAAGUAAUUUCCAAUUGCCAAAACAAUUCAAGAUUUUUUUUUUAACUCUGCUAAAUUUAUGUGAUGUCUUUCCAAUGCAGAUAGGACUUUAGGAAAGAAAUGGCUUUCUCUGAAUUUUUGGGGUGUGGGGAAGAGUUAUCCAAACUGCUCACAUGAGCCAUUUUUGGUUUGUUCCAGCUUGUCAACACUUGGUGUCACAUGUGAGCCCCCACAUGUGUUCACUCUCCAUUCCAGCUCUGUGAUUGAACUCUGUUCUUAUUGACUAGGGGGCAGUUGGGCAGGCAUGCUUCAUUCCUGGAGUUGACAGUCAUUCCAUUGUUGAGUAUACUAAUACUGAAUCAACAGUUCUAAAACCCUGCCUUCUCUCACUGAUAUCCCUUGGCCUUCAGAUAUAAUGAGGAGACUGGCUUUUCGAGGCGCUGGUUGUGCUCUGGUAAAGCUGAAGAAGUUGGAUUCCAUGGGUUCCAAGAGAAGAAGAGCUACCUCCCCUUCUAGCAGUGUCAGUGGGGACUUUGAUGACGGGCACCAUUCUGUACCCACACCAGGUCCAAGCAGGAAAAGGAGGAGACUUUCCAAUCUGCCAACUGUAGAUCCUAUUGCUGUAUGCCAUGAACUCUACAACACCAUCCGAGACUAUAAGGAUGAUCAGGGCAGACUCCUCUGUGAGCUCUUCAUUAGGGCACCAAAGCGAAGGAAUCAACCAGACUAUUAUGAAGUGGUUUCUCAGCCCAUUGAUUUGAUGAAAAUUCAACAGAAACUAAAAAUGGAAGAGUAUGAUGAUGUUAAUCUGCUGACCGCUGACUUCCAGCUGCUUUUUAACAAUGCAAAGGCCUAUUAUAAGCCAGAUUCUCCUGAAUAUAAAGCUGCUUGCAAACUGUGGGAUUUGUAUCUUCGAACAAGAAAUGAGUUUGUUCAAAAAGGAGAAGCAGAUGAGGAAGAUGAUGAUGAAGAUGGCCAAGACAAUCAAGGCACAGUGACUGAAGGAUCUUCUCCAAGUUACCUAAAGGAGAUCCUAGAGCAGCUUCUUGAAGCCAUAGUUGUAGCCACAAAUCCAUCAGGACGGCUCAUUAGCGAACUUUUUCAGAAACUGCCUUCUAAAGUGCAAUAUCCAGACUAUUAUGCAAUAAUUAAGGAGCCUAUAGAUCUCAAGACCAUUGCCCAGAGGAUACAGAACGGAAGCUACAAAAGUAUUCAUGCAAUGGCCAAAGAUAUAGAUCUCCUAGCAAAAAAUGCCAAAACUUAUAAUGAGCCUGGUUCUCAAGUAUUCAAGGAUGCAAAUUCAAUUAAAAAAAUAUUUUAUAUGAAAAAAGCAGAAAUUGAACAUCAUGAAAUGACUAAGUCAAGUCUCCGAAUAAGAACUACGUCAAAUUUGGCUGCAGCUAGGCUGACAGGUCCUUCUCACAGUAAAGGCAGCCUUUGUGAAGAAAGAAAUCCCACUAGCAAGUAUUACCGUAAUAAAAGAGCAGUCCAAGGGGGUCGUUUAUCAGCAAUUACCAUGGCACUUCAGUAUGGCUCAGAAAGUGAAGAGGAUGCUGCUUUAGCUGCUGCACGUUAUGAAGAAGGAGAGUCAGAAGCAGAGAGUAUCACUUCUUUUAUGGAUGUUUCAAAUCCUUUUUAUCAGCUUUAUGACACAGUUAGGAGUUGUCGGAAUAACCAAGGGCAGCUAAUAGCUGAACCUUUUUUCCAUUUGCCUUCUAAGAAAAAAUACCCUGAUUACUAUCAACAAAUCAAAAUGCCUAUAUCACUUCAACAGAUCAGAACGAAGCUAAAAAACCAAGAAUAUGAAACUUUAGAUCAUUUGGAGUGUGAUCUGAAUUUAAUGUUUGAAAAUGCCAAACGCUAUAAUGUUCCUAAUUCAGCCAUCUAUAAGCGAGUUCUGAAAUUGCAGCAAGUCAUGCAGGCAAAGAAGAAAGAGCUUGCCAGGAGAGACGACAUUGAGGAUGGAGACAGCAUGAUCUCUUCAGCUACUUCUGAUACUGGUAGUGCCAAAAGAAAAAGGAACACUCAUGACAGUGAGAUGUUGGGUCUCAGGAGGCUAUCCAGUAAAAAGAACAUAAGAAAACAGCGAAUGAAAAUUUUAUUCAAUGUUGUUCUUGAAGCUCGAGAGCCAGGUUCAGGCAGAAGACUUUGUGAUCUAUUUAUGGUUAAACCAUCCAAGAAGGACUAUCCUGAUUAUUAUAAAAUCAUCUUAGAGCCAAUGGACUUGAAAAUAAUUGAACAUAACAUCCGCAAUGACAAGUAUGCAGGUGAAGAGGGAAUGAUAGAGGACAUGAAACUCAUGUUCCGGAAUGCCAGGCACUACAAUGAGGAGGGCUCUCAGGUAUACAAUGAUGCACAUAUCCUGGAGAAGUUACUCAAGGAUAAAAGGAAAGAGCUGGGCCCAUUACCUGAUGAUGAUGAUAUGGCUUCUCCUAAACUCAAGCUAAGUAGGAAGAGUGGUGUUUCUCCUAAAAAAUCAAAGUACAUGACUCCAAUGCAGCAGAAACUAAAUGAAGUGUAUGAAGCUGUAAAGAACUAUACUGAUAAGAGGGGUCGCCGUCUCAGCGCCAUAUUUCUGAGGCUUCCCUCUAGAUCUGAACUACCUGACUACUAUCUGACCAUUAAAAAGCCCAUGGACAUGGAAAAAAUUCGAAGUCACAUGAUGGCGAACAAGUACCAAGAUAUAGACUCUAUGGUUGAGGACUUUGUCAUGAUGUUUAACAAUGCCUGUACAUACAAUGAGCCUGAGUCUCUGAUCUACAAAGAUGCCCUUGUCCUACACAAAGUCCUGCUUGAAACUCGGAGAGACCUGGAAGGAGAUGAGGAUUCUCAUGUCCCAAAUGUGACCUUACUGAUUCAAGAACUUAUCCACAAUCUUUUUGUGUCAGUCAUGAGUCAUCAAGAUGAUGAGGGAAGAUGCUAUAGUGAUUCCUUAGCAGAAAUUCCUGCUGUGGAUCCCAGCUUUCCUAACAAACCUCCCCUUACUUUUGACAUUAUUAGGAAGAAUGUUGAAAAUAAUCGCUACCGGAGGCUUGAUUUAUUUCAAGAGCAUAUGUUUGAAGUUUUGGAGAGAGCAAGAAGGAUGAAUCGGACAGAUUCUGAAAUAUAUGAGGAUGCAGUAGAACUUCAGCAGUUUUUUAUUAAGAUUCGUGAUGAACUCUGCAAAAAUGGAGAGAUUCUUCUUUCUCCAGCACUCAGCUACACCACAAAGCAUUUGCAUAAUGAUGUGGAGAAAGAAAAAAAGGAAAAAUUGCCAAAAGAAAUAGAGGAAGAUAAACUAAAACGAGAAGAAGAAAAAAGAGCUGAAAAGAGUGAAGAUUCCUCGGGUGCUACAGGCCUCUCAGUCUUACAUCGCACAUACAGCCAGGACUGCAGCUUUAAGAACAGUAUGUACCAUGUUGGAGAUUAUGUCUAUGUGGAACCUGCUGAGGCCAACCUACAACCGCAUAUAGUCUGUAUUGAGAGACUAUGGGAAGAUUCAGCUGGUGAAAAGUGGUUGUAUGGCUGUUGGUUUUAUCGGCCAAAUGAAACAUUCCACCUGGCAACACGAAAAUUUCUAGAAAAAGAAGUUUUUAAGAGUGACUAUUACAAUAAAGUUCCUGUUAGUAAAAUUCUAGGCAAAUGUGUGGUCAUGUUUGUCAAGGAAUACUUUAAAUUAUGCCCAGAAAACUUUCGAGAUGAGGAUGUUUUUGUCUGUGAAUCACGGUAUUCUGCCAAAACCAAAUCUUUUAAGAAAAUUAAACUGUGGACCAUGCCCAUCAGCUCAGUUAGGUUUGUCCCUCGUGAUGUGCCCCUGCCUGUGGUCCGAGUGGCGUCUGUAUUUGCAAAUGCAGAUAAAGGGGAUGAUGAGAAGAAUACAGACAACUCAGAGGACAAUCGAGCUGAAGACAGUUUCAACUUGGAAAAGGAAAAAGAAGAUGUUCCUGUGGAAAUGUCCAAUGGUGAGCCUGGUUGCCACUACUUUGAGCAGCUUCAUUACAAUGACAUGUGGCUGAAGGUUGGCGACUGUGUCUUCAUCAAGUCCCAUGGCCUGGUGCGCCCUCGUGUAGGCAGAAUUGAAAAAGUAUGGGUUCGAGAUGGAGCUGCAUACUUUUAUGGGCCCAUCUUCAUUCACCCAGAAGAGACAGAACAUGAACCUACAAAAAUGUUCUACAAAAAAGAAGUGUUUCUGAGUAAUCUGGAAGAGACCUGUCCCAUGACAUGUAUUCUGGGAAAGUGUGCUGUGUUGUCAUUCAAGGACUUCCUCUCCUGCAGGCCAACUGAAAUACCAGAAAAUGACAUUCUGCUUUGUGAGAGCCGCUACAAUGAGAGUGACAAGCAGAUGAAGAAAUUCAAGGGACUGAAGAGGUUUUCACUUUCUGCUAAAGUGGUAGAUGAUGAAAUUUACUACUUCAGAAAACCAAUUGUUCCUCAGAAGGAGCCCUCACCUUUGUUGGAAAAGAAGAUCCAAUUGCUAGAAGCUAAAUUUGCCGAAUUAGAAGGUGGAGAUGAUGAUAUUGAAGAGAUGGGAGAAGAAGAUAGUGAGGUCAUUGAACCUCCUUCUCUACCUCAGCUUCAGACCCCCCUGGCCAGUGAGCUGGACCUCAUGCCCUACACACCCCCACAGUCUACUCCAAAGUCUGCCAAAGGCAGUGCAAAGAAGGAAGGCUCCAAACGAAAAAUCAAUAUGAGUGGCUACAUCCUGUUCAGCAGUGAGAUGAGAGCUGUGAUUAAGGCCCAGCACCCAGACUACUCUUUCGGGGAGCUCAGCCGACUGGUGGGGACAGAAUGGAGAAACCUUGAGACAGCCAAGAAAGCAGAAUAUGAAGAGCGGGCAGCUAAAGUUGCUGAGCAGCAGGAGAGAGAGCGAGCAGCACAGCAACAGCAGCCGAGUGCUUCUCCCCGAGCAGGCACCCCUGUGGGGGCUCUCAUGGGGGUGGUGCCACCACCAACACCAAUGGGGAUGCUCAAUCAGCAGUUGACACCUGUUGCAGGCAUGAUGGGUGGCUAUCCGCCAGGCCUUCCACCUUUGCAGGGCCCAGUUGAUGGCCUUGUUAGCAUGGGCAGCAUGCAGCCACUUCACCCUGGGGGGCCUCCACCCCACCAUCUUCCGCCAGGUGUGCCCGGCCUCCCGGGCAUCCCACCACCGGGUGUGAUGAACCAAGGAGUGACCCCUAUGGUCGGGACUCCAGCACCAGGUGGAAGUCCAUAUGGACAACAGGUGGGAGUUUUAGGACCUCCAGGGCAGCAGGCACCACCUCCAUAUCCCAGCCCACAUCCAGCCGGCCCUCCUGUCAUACAGCAGCCAACAACACCCAUGUUUGUGGCUCCCCCUCCGAAGACCCAGCGGCUUCUCCACUCAGAGGCCUACCUGAAAUACAUCGAAGGACUCAGUGCUGAGUCCAGCAGCAUUAGCAAGUGGGACCAAACUCUGGCAGCUCGAAGAAGGGAUGUCCAUUUGUCAAAAGAACAGGAAAGCCGUCUACCCUCUCACUGGCUCAAAAGUAAAGGAGCCCAUACCACCAUGGCAGAUGCCCUCUGGCGCCUGCGGGAUUUAAUGCUUCGAGACACCCUUAAUAUUCGCCAAGCAUACAAUCUAGAAAAUAUUUAAUCACAUCAUUAUGUUUCUUUUAUAGAAGCAUAAGAAGUUGUGGAACAGUAGCCAUUUUAGUUACUGGGGGUGGGGGGAAGGAACAAAGGAUGGUAAUUUUUAUUGCAUUUUACUGUACAUCACAGGCCAUUUUUAUAUAAGGACACUUUUAAUAAGCUAUUUCAAUUGGUUUUGUUAUAUUAAGUUGACUUUAUCAAAUACACACUUUUUUUGCAUAUGUUUCCUUUGUUUAAAAACCAGUUUCAUAAUUGGUUCUAUAUGUAGACUUGGAGUUUUAUCUUUUUACUUGUUGCCCUGGGACUUAAACCAUCAAGGUUUUGUCUUGGCUUGAGGUUUUUGCUUUUUCUUUUGUUUUGGGGUUAUUGUGUGUGUAUGUGUAUAUAUG